GGAGUUAACCUGAGUGGAGGACAGAAACAGAGAGUUAGUUUGGCACGUGCUGUGUAUCAAGAUAAAGACAUUUAUCUGUUUGAUGACCCCCUUAGUGCUGUUGACUCUCAUGUAGCAAAACAUAUUUUUCAACACGUGAUUGGACCUAAAGGGAUUCUUAAGGCAAAGACCCGUGUUCUGGUUACCCAUAAUUUAUCAGUACUUCCUGAAGUAGAUUUUAUUGUGGUUCUUAAAGAUGGCUGUGUGCUUGAGUCUGGAAGUUAUACAGAACUGCUAUCAAAAGAAGGUUCUUUUGCUGAGUUUGUGAAAGACCAUAGUAAUACACAAGAUGAGAACAGUUCCUCUGAUGAAGGUGAACAUGAAUCAUUA